GCGCAUAUCCACGGUGCGUUGGAGGCCGGUGCCUUCACCCUGGCCAGGCGCUUGAGCAUGGCUUGAUCUGUGUAGGGAAAAAGGAGGUGUGAAGCAUGGAAGGGAUGCAGUUCCUAUCAGAUGUCGAAUCUUCCCGUCGGUCCCGGCUGGCGGCGAAGAGAAAAGCUCGGACCGCCCGCUUCCUUUUGACCUCCGAACCUCACCUCCUCACCAGAUUCUACCAGGGCACGACACUCUUCCCCGCCCAUCUCCAUUGCGCCUUGAACUCGUUUACAAUGGCUUUCAGACCGCUGCUGCGGAAUAGCGCCGUGGUUCCCGGCCUGGCUGGAGUCGUCGUAGGAUUGGGCACCACAAUGUACUCAGAGCGAACACUACACGCUGAGGAGCCGCCUUCAGAGCAGAAUACCCUAUCAUUGCACCGCCGCAAACCCAUCUACGACGACCUCCCACUCAGCAGCACCACUCCCCUCCCCUCGACACCCACCACACCUACCGAAACCGCUUCUACCACCCCACAAGGCCCUUCAUUGCUACCCUCCCUACCAACACAGGAUACACAACCACCUGCCCCCUACCGACCCACGCCCACCGACCGCCUAGCCGCGCACAUCCGCAACCUCCGCCUCGCCCUCCACAGCCAAGCGGUCACAGCCGAAGACGCCGUCAACGCCGCACUAACCCGCACCCUCGCCCUAGAGCACUCCUUCACCAGCACCCUCCAAUCGCUGGCGCCCCCCAAGGAAUCCGGCGAGAAGCUCUUCCCGGGCACCCUGUACGUGCUCGUCUCCGCAAUGGCCGGCAGCAUCGUCACGCGCAACCGCAACAUCCUGCUGCGCGCUUCCGUGCCCGGCGCCGUGGGCCUCGUGGCCGCGCAUGCCGUGCUGCCCAUCACGAUGCGGAAUGUGGGGGAUCUGGUGUGGACGUAUGAGGAGCGGUAUCCCCCGCUGGCGGAUGCGCAUUUGAGAGUGAGGGAGCGGGUGGAGCGGUUUGUGGCGACGGGGAGGGCGCAUGCGGGCAUGGGAGUGGGCAUGGUGCAGGACAAGGUGGGCGAGGUGAGGGGGAAGAUGGAGGAGUGGGUGAAGCAGGGGAAAUGAAUACAUACAUUUCUUUGUGGAGCAGACGAGGCUAUGUAUCCAACAUGUAUCUGUACACCUUGGAGGAGCCAGCGAGCGAGAGCUGCAUCCUUGUAAAAGUAGCCCUACCUUUUGAGAUAGAGUUUUGCAUCACCCAGGUGCAACACACCUACCGCAAAUUCCUUUUCACAUGUCAAACUGAUUCAGGCAAUUUCAAAUCCCUCUUUCUAGUCUCGCAUAUGGUCUUCAGAUAUCACAGACGCACCAUCAAAAACGCAUUAUCAAGC